AUGAGUUCGAACGAUAUCUUUGAAGCAGCUGCAGCUGGCGACCUUGAAUUUUUGAAACGAAACUUACCUCUUGUUAACCAAAAGAAUGAACGAAAUUGGACUCCUCUUCAUUUUACAGCUCGUUUUGGGCAGCUAGAAGCAGCAAAGUUCCUUAAAGAAAAAGGUGCUGACUUGUUGGCUACAAACGCAGAAGGCAAGACAGCCGCUCAAGUUGCUAAAAUUUGGGGCAAUACAUCAGUUGCUGAAUUAUUGAGUGUAAAGGAAGAACUUAAGGAAUCCCCUUUUCCUGAAAAUCACGUAUCUGUAUUUGCAGGAAAUCCAUUAAAUAGAUUUGGAUGGAAAAGAAACAAACCCGAAUUUUUAGCCCCAAUGGCUCAUGCUUCCACUUCUAAAUACAUCGUAUUGAAUGAACUCAAGGCCUUGUAUGAUGCAGAAGGCAACUUGCGUUAUCUUACCUAUAACGAUGUCUCUUCAGCAGUAGAUCGAGUUUAUAGCCAAGAAUCAGCUAUCCCUGAUAAUUCAAAUACCAUUUUAGUAUUCUUGGGUAUGGAUGAACGUCAAGAAGAAAGUGUUGCUUUCUGGGCCCUAGAUGUGACGCCUAGAGGGGCACAUGAACAAGAAUACAAAGAACUUAUUCAAGGCAAGCCUAACUGUUACUCUUUUUUUUUCUUUACGAUAGGUCUUGAAUCAAAAGGACUAGAGUUUUGUCGCACAUUACCUCGUGCAUUUACCAUGGAUAGGUCAACCAGUUCGAUUAUUGCACAAGCAGCUUCCAUGAUUGAUUGGAAUGCUCGUAACAUGUAUUGCUCUGCAUGUGGUAGACACACUGUUUCUGAAGAAGCAGGCUAUAAACGUCAUUGUCCUCCUAAUAAUGCCACUCAGCAAUGCAUUAGCCACACCGGCAUUCAAAAUUUCACUUAUCCUAGAACAGGUAACAUUCUAAAAAAAAAAAAAAAAAAUCGACGAUAA